GGUACACACUUCCUUCAAACACGUGUUUCACUGGGACAAUAGUGAGUGGUGCACACUUCCUUCGCCCGGCCACAGAAGACAAAAAAGAGUUGCUGGUGUAACAAUAGGAAGAAUAUAUUCCACUCCUCUCUUGUACACGCGGCUUAUGAGACGUCCAACAGAUGAACGCUCGUCAAGAAGAACGUCCCCUUCAGCAGCAGGAGGAUCCACAGCCCCCCCACAUUAAAGAGGAAGAGGGGGAUCUCUGGGUUACUCAGGAAAAAGAGUUUCUUCUAGGACAGGAGGAGGCUGAUGUCAGCAAGUUUCCACUGACUGUUGUCUCUGUGAAGACUGAAGAGCAUGAAGACAAACCACCUGAGUCCUCACAGCUUCAUCACAGUCCAAACGUCUGUGGAGAACAACGUCUGCCUGAAAAAAAGAAGUGUAGCUUCAGGAUGGUGAAGGAGGAUCCUUCAAAGAGGAAGACCAGACGCCACGGACCCUCUGGCGUCUCCUUCUCCUCUUUGACACAGACCCUUCCCAGUAAAAUGGAAGAGGAAGACUCACUGACCCCCCACAUUAAAGAGGAAGAGGAGGAACACAGCAUCACUCAAGAGGGAGAUCAUCUUGAAGGACUGGAGGAGUUCCCAGUGACUGGUGUCCCUGUGAAGAGUGAAGAUGAUGAGGUGAAAGGUGAAAGUGAGGAGAGGGGAGGGGGGGAGCCUCCAAGCAGCAGCUCAACACAACACAUGACAACAGAAGCUGAUGGAGACCACUGUGGAGGAUCACAAGCAGACAAGCUCUUAGCUCCACUAUCAGAUAGUGAGGACACAACGUCACACUCUCCUGACACUGAUGAUGAAGACUCUAAAGAUGAUAAGACAUGUCACACUGACAACACUCACUUCACAUGUCCUCACUGUCACAAAAUUUUUAAAUACCAUAGUUAUCUGAAAGUACACAUGAGAACACACACUGGAGAAAAACCUUUUUCCUGUUCAAUCUGCGGUAAAGGUUUUACAGAAAGUCAACAUUUGAAAAGACACAUGAGAACACACACUGGAGAAAAACCUUUUUCCUGUUCAACCUGUGGUAAAGGUUUUACACAAAGUACAGAUGUGAAAGUACACAUGAGAACACACACUGGUGAAAAACCUUUUUCCUGUUCAACCUGUGGUAAAGGAUUUACACAAAGCACAGAUGUGAAAGUACACAUGAGAAGACACACUGGUGAAAAACCGUUUUCUUGUUCAAUCUGUGGUAAAGGUUUUACACAAAGUCAGAGUUUGAAAAAACACACUAGAACACACACUGGUGAAAAAUUACAUUCCUGUUUAAUCUGCAACAGAAGCUUUUGUGACCGACCAACCCUUGUAGCACACAUGAGAAGACACCCAGGAGAGAAAGUGUUGAGUUGCAGUGUGUGUGGUGAAAGAUUGUCUUCUAAGUACCAGUGUAAGAAACACAAGUGUGCUGGUGAGAACAGCAGCAGCAAAUGAAACUGCAGGAUUUGAAAUAAACUGUUAAGACUUUCAUUUUGACUUUCUAACAACAUCAGCACAUAUAACAUGUGUGACAUUCAGAGGUGGGUAGAGUAGCCAGAAAUUGUACUCAAGUAAGAGUAAAGUUACUUUAGAGAUGUAUUACUAAAGUAAAAGUAAGGAGUAGUCACCCAAAUAUUUACUUGAGUAAAAGUAAAAAGUAUGUUGUGAAAAAACUACUCAAGUACUGAGUAACUGAUGAGUAACCUGUUUGUUUAAUGAUUACGGCAACAAAUAAUUCACAAAAACAUAAAAAUAGCAACGAGCAAAUUCAGAGCCAGGAAUAUCUCUUAAGCAACUAAAACAAUAAUAUAUAUUAAAUAAUAGUACAUAAAAAUAAAAUUUAAAAAAUGGCACAUUGAGCCACAAUAACUUAACAGCACCAUAGCCUCAGUAGGGAUUCAUUGAUUUGAUUGAUUUGAUUGAUUGAUUGAUUGAUUGAUUAAAACUUGUAUUAGUAGAUUGCACAGUACAGUACAUAUUCUGUACAAUUGACCACUAAAUGGUAACACCCCAAAAAGUUUUUCAACGUUUAUCAAUUACUUAGUAAAUGACCAAGUCGAGGUGAUCUGCCCCAUAUAUACAUAUAUAAUGGUUUUACACAAAGUUGGAGUUUGAAAGUGCACAUGAGAAUACAGUGGUAAAAAACCUUUUGUCUGUUCAACCUGUGGUAAAGGUUUUACACAAAGUACAGAUGUGAAGACACAUGAGAACACACACUGGUGAAAAACCUUUUCCCUGUUUAACCUGUGGUAAAGGUUUUACACAAAAUCAAUAUUUGAAAGUACCCAUGAGAACACACACUGGCGAAAAACCUUUUUCCUGUUCAAUCUGUAGUAAAGGUUUUGUACAAAGUAACAGUUUGAAAGUACACUUUAGAACACACACUGGUGAAAAAUCACAUUCUUGUUCAAUCUGCAACAGAAGCUUUUGUGACCGAUCAAACCUUUUAGCACACAUGAGAAGACACCCAGGAGAGAAAGUGUUGAGUUGCAUUGUGUGUGGUGAAAGAUUGUCUUCUAAGUACCAGUGUAAGAAACACAAGUGUGCUGGUGAUAACAGCAGCAGCAAAUGAAAUUGCAGGAUUUGAAAUAAACUGUCAAGACUUUAAUUUUGACUUUCCAACAGGAUAGGUCUUUAUCGUCAUUGCACAAGUACAACGAAACUUUGUUUUCAGCACAAACCUGCUCAAGAUUAAACAGUUUACAGGGUUACAGAACAAGAACACUGAUGGGUCGCCAUAAGGCGCCCCUUAAAUGAUGGGACAAAGGUAAACGCUGGGGAAGGAUGAGUAAAAAAAUACAAUCUAGACUGGGCUCCUAAGGGGGCCCAGUCUGGAGUGGGAAAAAACCUCCAUAGCAAAGCACAUAUACAUAUCACAACAUACAUCUCGAGAUAUCUAGCAACAGAGGGAAGGUAGUUCAAGGUCAUGGUGAUAGGCCGUAGCUCUUCAGGUGCUGACCAUCCAUUCAUCACCCCUAUGGGAUUUGCGUUGAGGGUUUUGUUGUGGGGAAGGGGGGUGUAUGUGUGGCGUAUAUUUUUUUGUGGAUGUGUGUGUAAGCCCGCAGUGUGUCUCUGUUCCGCGGCCUUGAUGUAUUGUACUGUCUCGUCCAAAGUCAACAACAACAGGUGUGUAUCCAUGAAAGACAAAAAGGGAGUUUGUUGUGUCUUCGCUGCGUUGUCCUUCGGGAGAGUUUCGAAGCCAGGGAAACAAUCCAAGUUGGAAUGAUUUGUAUGCGAGUGAAAAUAAAAUUUGCUUUUCACUCUAAAAUUGUCUAUGACUGGUCUUCAAAAACUGUGGGAUAAAUAGUCCGAUGUAAUCCACAGUUCUUCCCGCAUCCUCCAAUCAUUUGUGGCAGCUUUGGGGUAUUUUGGAGACUUCCAGCAACUUCCAAUUUGUCGACAAACCAGAGCAACGCUUACUCCAAUCAGCAGAUGUCCUGUUGUCAUCAUUCCGAAUAGGUGGAUAUCUUCACGUCCUCGACAGAAAAGGGUCGCCAGGCACGCGGCCCCCCUCCUUCUCCCAAGAGUCCCUCAUGUGUCCAGCAACAACCGCUUCGUCACGACAGCAGGUUCCCCCAAACCUAGGAUCUUGUCCAUUUUGUUGAGCCCAGUUAAAUAGUUCCAAUGUUUAGAUUUGGAGAGCAGUGCAAAAAGAGGCAACAAGAAAGUUAAGACAAAACAAAGAAGCAAGCAGGAGAUGAAAGGGGAGCGUCCACCCUCCAUGAGUGCCAGAGAGAGAAACAACAAAAGCACAUAAAACGUGUGACAUUUAUGUGCUUUUGUCAGGCAAGUACAUGCAUUAAUAUGCAACAUUGUGUACUUUUAUUAAAAAUUGGACAGAACAAUUUGAUUGAAAAGGUGAGAGUGAACAGUACAGGACAUGUUUUUAAAUAAACAUUGUAUGUGUGUAUAUAUUCAUCAUACAAUAUUAGACUUACGCAUAAUAGUGUUUUUUAUAGGUGUUUGAAAUAUUGAAGUAUUACAUACUUUUAUUUCUAAUUAUUAAUCAUCCCAUAGAUUAUCACCUUUAUAUGAUAUACAUAUGUACUGGUUCACAUCUGAAACAUCUUCUGGACCACUUCAGGAAGCAUAUUAUUAUUUACUUUAUACAUCAUUUGAA